AUGGAAACAUUCCAGACUGAAUCCCCUCAAGGCAGAAGGCGAUAUGCAAAGGCAUUUGUGGGUAUACGAAAAAAAGUAGCAAGUGGGUUCUCAAAGUUUAUGGGGUUUAUCACUUGCAGAGGUGAUACAUUUGUAAACAUAGAAGAGGCUGAAGAAGAUCAAGAAGAAGAGCUUGAACCGAGAAACGAUAGAAUAUAUCUGUUGCCAGUUCCUAAAUCUGAGGAGAUGCACAUUAAGGAACAAAUUACGCCAUCUGUUGUGAAGGAUGUAUGCGAUGAAGUAGAAGUCGCCUCGCCCGCAGCUGAAACAAUCAAGACACACCCUUCUCCUACAGAGCCGAUCCAAGUAAGCAGCCCAGCCGCAGAUGAGAUUGUUCCUGUAAAGGAAGAGAAAGCUCCCGUGCCCGACACUAUCAAAGCCUCUGAGCCCGUGGUUGAGGAAAAGAAGAAGAAGGUGACCUUCUCUGAUGACUCUCCAAUUAUUGCAGAGGAAAAGAAAGCAGAAAAGGUCGUUGCAGCCAAAGUAGAGCCUGUGCCCUACUCCAAAGCAGUCAAAAACAAUGAAGCUGUUCUGGAACAUGUGGUCAAGUUUAUCUCUACUAUAGAGAGUAUAGUAAACCAUGCUAGCCCAAUGAAAGAUGCAUCAUAUGCUCCCGUUCUACUGCUCUUUUAUCUUAAGCAAGAGAAUUAUAAUAUCUCUCGCGAUCUGCAGCUUGCUGAAGUGGCCUUCCAUGCAGUAGACACAGCCCCCGAAGAGGACCUGCACUCUGAUGUGGUCACAUACUUGGUGGCAGAUGGGCUGGAGCCUACCAUAUGCAUUAACUACUGGAUGGCAUACAAGGUGGACUUGGAGAACUCCUACUCUUCUCUGUACAAGGCAGUUGUUAGCACACUUUUGGAAACUAACAAGGCAAAUACAAGAAGUGAAAAGAUGCUUGUUUUUUAUAAAGAAGUACUUAUGUGUGUAAGAAAUAUUGUGUCAUAUGCCCUGGCCGAGAUGCAUGAAGAAAGAGAUGCGGAUUUUGUGGAAGAUACAAUGUUUACAGAGCUGAUUGAGAAAUUGAUGCGCCGACCUCAUGUAAAAGAGUAUUUGCAAAUUAGACAUCCAAAUCGUGUUAUAGAAUCUGUAAUACGCCCAGAGAAUACAGUCAAGCCGCAAGUAGCUCUAGAAAGUGUGUUGGAGGAAAAAAUAGUAGAGCACACUGACCCAAAACCCAAGAAUAAAGACAGUUCCAUGGCAGAUUUAGAAAAGGAAGAACCAUCUGAAGUUCUUUCAAACACUACACAAAAGAGCGAAGAGGUAGAAGAAAGCAAAGAUGUAUCCACCCCCACAUCAGAGCAGCCUUUGCCUGCCAAUUCUUCUGUAGAGAAUGCCUGCACCCCAAGCACGCCUGCUCUUGCUUUGUACCCACAAGAAAGUAUGCUAGAAGAGGCUGUAGGAGAAUCUGAGAAGAACGAAAAUGCCACAAUUACAGAAUUUCAGCUUGCGGAAGAGCCCACUACUAGUUUGGAAGAGUCAAAUGAAGAGGAAACACAAUCUACAGCAGAUCCCCUCAUUAAUGAUUUAGAAGCGAGUCCUCUUUUUCUAAAGCAAAAGAGUAAACACAAUCUACUCUCGUAA